UCACCAACUCUUCUCCCUUCUCGACGGAGCCUCCGACGUUCCUCUCUUAUAUUCACACACUCACUCCCACACAAUUCCUCCAUUGAUCCGAGUGAAAAUGCAGAGCACGGCCAUCACAUUCGCGCCUUCUCUUUCUCUCUCCUCCCGUCCCCGCAGCCUCCCCGCUCGCGGCCUCAACUCCAUCGCCGCCCUCCCCCAUGGAAACUUCCAUUUCCCCGGUGCCUUUUCUGCAUCGGCCCGAAAAUUGAGCCCGAUUAGCUGCUCGCUGAAGCAGAAUGGGUGGGUGGCCGGCCCGAAUCCGGGACCCCCCGAGCCCGAAUCUGAUGGGCUUGUGUCUCGCGCCACGGCGGAGAGCGCUGGGCCGGCGGAGAUCCCGAAGCCGAAGAGCUCCGCCAUGGAUACGGUGGUGCUCGGAUCUCUGUUCGGGCUAUGGUACCUGUUUAACAUCUACUUCAAUAUCUAUAACAAGCAGGUUCUCAAAGCUUUUCACUACCCAAUGACGGUAACCCUUGUGCAAUUUGCUGUCGGAACUGUGCUUGUUGUUACAAUGUGGACUUUGAAUCUGUACAAACGGCCUAAAAUCAGUGGAUCCCAGCUUGCUGGAAUUCUUCCAUUGGCCAUGGUUCAUACGCUAGGCAAUCUCUUCACCAAUAUGAGUCUUGGAAAAGUUGCUGUUUCAUUCACUCAUACAAUCAAAGCUAUGGAGCCUUUCUUCUCUGUGGUCCUCUCUGCCAUGUUCUUGGGAGAGUUCCCAACACUAUGGGUAGUUUCAUCCCUUAUGCCAAUUGUUGGUGGAGUAGCUUUGGCAUCGAUGACUGAGGCCUCUUUCAAUUGGGCUGGAUUUUGGAGUGCCAUGGCCUCAAAUUUGACAAAUCAAUCGCGCAACGUCCUUAGCAAAAAGUUUAUGGUAAAGAAAGAGGAUUCCUUGGACAAUAUCACUCUGUUCUCAAUCAUUACCAUUAUGUCCUUCUUCUUGAUGGCACCUAUCGCCUUUUUCAUGGAAGGCUUCAAGCUUACACCUGCAUACCUUCAGGCUACUGGGGUGAAUGUCAAUCAGCUCUACACUAGAUCUCUCAUUGCAGCUCUCUGCUUCCAUGCAUAUCAACAGGUCUCGUACAUGAUAUUGCAGCGUGUAUCUCCUGUCACCCAUUCCGUAGGAAACUGUGUUAAGCGAGUGGUGGUGAUUGUAACUUCGGUUCUCUUCUUCCGCACACCCGUCUCACCUAUCAACUCCCUAGGUACUGGAGUAGCCCUUGCUGGAGUGUUCUUAUAUUCGAGGGUGAAGCGCAUCAAGCCAAAGCCCAAGACGGCUUAAGGUGUUGGUGUUAGGAUCAAAUUUUUGUUGGUAGACUAGAAAAUCAACCAUUGUUGUACGUUUGCUUGCUUGUCAUGAGGAGUUGUUUGACGGUUUUUGCUACUCUGUUUUCUGUCUUUCCCUACUAAUAUCGGAAAAUUCUUUCAUGAAUAUCUUGACUACUAGAAAUGUAAUGAUUUGGUUUUGCUCUUU